CAUUCGGUAUGUACGUGGCCUUUAGUCGCUGAGCAAGACCCGACAGUCGAGGAGAGACGUCGUGCGCGAUCCAGCCGAUCAGCUUGUACCGUUUAUUGUGAGCGGAAUCUGAAUGCACGGUAAAGAUGCAUCCCGGAACGAGACGACGUUCGGGAUUCUACUGGUUGACAAUAACGCUGCUUAUCAUCGGAUUUCUCAUCGGCGACGCCGACAGUGUUUGGAAGAGACGGGAGGAUAAGACCAAGUGCCCAAAAGUGAAGGGAAUACGCAACUUUGACAUAUCCGAGUUUCUUGGAUUGUGGUACAUAGUACAAUACUAUGCAAGCUCAGAGGAAGCCCUCGUGUACAGAUGCAUGAGAGCCGAGCUCUCGGUUUCGCCUGAAAACGCUGAAGUUACCAUGAAUUUCACUUACAGCUUUACUGACGAUCCUAUUAACGAGCUGCUCGUUGGUAACAUCACAUGGAAAAUCCCUUCGCCGGACUUACCUGCUCAUUGGAUGCACGCUGAGUUACCAUACGAAGGAGUGUAUAAUACAUACGUAUUAGAUUCGGAUUAUAAAUCCUGGGCGUUACUAAUGCAUUGUGCUGAAAAGAGUAAAAGCCCAAGAUAUUUAUCUAGCUUCAUCAUGAGCCGUGAAGCGAGCCUCGGGGCAAAUGUCAUUUCUUAUCUUCGAGAGAAACUGCCUAGAUAUGACAUUGACUUGGAGUACAUGUUCCCUAUGGACCAAAAGCAGUGCAAUAAGACGGACAAUUCGGAAGAUAUGCUUAUACCGGCAGUGGCACCAGCUAAAAGGAGCCAUAUCAGAAGGCAUCCGUUGAAACGAAAACAUAGAGGCCAAUAAAUUUCGCUCAAAUCAAACGUCUCUUCAUUACUUUGGGCUAAUUUUAUUAAUUCAAUUAACAACGUGUUAUAAUAUUCUUCGUCUCUUCCUCUUAUUUAUAAUUACAUAAUUAUAAUGAACAUGUUAUUGUUUUUCUUUAGACCCGUCGUCUCUCUCAAUAUCUUAGCACAAUUCAUCCAAAUUAAUUGAGACACAUGUGCCGCAGCACGUACGGUCAUCAUGAUCACUGUCAUUAUUUAUCAUCAUCAUCGUUAUCAUUAGCAUAACAGUCGUCAGAUUAUCACUCAACGCACCUAGUACUUAAUUACUAGAUAUGGCAGCUACAACUUAUAAGAAAUAUUACAAAAUCACUUGUGAUUCAUGCUUCUCGCGCUUUCGCAAUGUUUUACGCAUACGAACGCUAUCACACCGACGGGCAACCUUUUUUUCUUGUGCGAGCAUUUUCGUUACUCGGCAAAUUCAUAUCUGGCUUUGUAAAAAUCGUUUCUGUCCGAUGUUAUAGUUACCGGUCCUCGCAAACGUGACAUUGCGUGACGAUAUCGUGACCCUCCCCUUCAUUUAUAUGCGUUUCUAAAAUAUAUAAUAAUCGAGCGCUUCUGCCACGACUGGUUCGUGUCAUCCUGCCGUGGUCGCGCGGAAUAGGAAGAACGCAUCGGGGGAGCGAGACACAAGCCUAUAUAAAUUCGCCUAUAUGUUUCGAGAUCGUUGCGACGACCGAGAAAGAGAGAGAAAGAGAGAGAGAGAGAGAGUGAGAAAGAGAAAGAGAAAAACAGACUGAUGAAGUCAAAGCUUCAACAGAUCUGUGAUAAACGCAACGUUGUCAACUUUAAACUAUCAUACCACGCCCGCAUGUAUACACGCAUUCAUUCCUUCGUUCUACGAGCAUAUACAUAUGCAAAUCACCUAUUAGUCUCCUAGUAAUUUUUUUAAUAUUAAUUAGUCAUACAUUUAAUUUUUUUUAAUCCUUUGUAAAUUAAUUACCUAGUUUUUAAAUCUGUAUAUUGUAAACCUGCACUCGCGCGCAUGCGAUUGCGUGCGUACGUAAUGUGCGUAUGUAUGUAUAUUGUGUGCGUGUGUAGACAAGUGGGCGGUGUGGGUUGGUGUAUGGGGACGCGUGGAUGCACGUGUGUACCUCUCUACUGAAGAGAUGUGUGUCAUUAUUUCAUAUAGCUGGUAAACUAUCUAUUUAUCUGAAAUUUACGUUUUAUAAAUAUCCUAUAAGUAGAUCCGCGUUUUUGUCAUUUCGUCAUUCGAUUAUACGCUUUUGUACGAAGGUGUAAGUAAUACGAACCGAGUGACAUUAUAGUUUUGACGUGUGCCCAUAUGUGUAUGUAUGUUAUGUACUUGCGUGCGUGCGUGUGCUUGCGUGCCUGCGUGAGUAUGUGUGUAUGUAAAUGUAUGUGUAUGUCUUGUACGAACUUAAAUAAUCUUAUACAAGCGCUUCCGAAUAAGCACUUGUAUAAUUCUCACUGCCGGAUCGGUAUCCGCCGUCUAUGCAUUCGUCCGGGAUUUGCAGUACGGCUUCGUGUGUUUGUAUAUAGGAAAUAUAAGAUCGUCAGGUGCAUCGGUGAAUAUUUGAUUUUGCGACCGAGGAGUCUGGUGAGCAACGACGAAUGGCAAUAGGAUGGGCGAGUGCACGAGCGAGCGAGCGAACGAGCCGUUUCGCCCCGACGGCGGUCUCGAUUGUCAAAAGUAGAAAGGUGAGAGAAGUUCGGCGGGCGAUAGAGAGAGAAAAAGAGACAAAGGAAAAAAA